AUGGAGACUUCAUCGCUCUACACUGCCCUUCCUCUGGCUUUCCUUCUACUCCUCACUCUCAAGCUCUUCUCUUCAUGGUUCAAGCAACCGAAAAACCUUCCGCCCAGCCCGCCUUCCAUCCCCAUCCUGGGCCACCUCCACCUCCUGAAACACCCCCUCCACCGAACCCUCCACUCCCUCUCCCAAUCUUACGGCCCCGUCCUCUCUCUCCGCUUUGGCUACCGCCGAGUGGUUGUCGUCUCGUCGGCUGAGGCAGCUGAAGAAUGCUGUACUAAGAACGACAUCACGCUUGCCAACCGCCCCUCUACUGUCGCCGGCAGGCACAUUGCGUAUGACAACACGAUGGUCCUCUCUGCCUCGUACAGCGAACAAUGGCGUAGUCUCCGCCGUGUUUGUACUGUUGAGAUGUUUUCCUCGGCCCGUCUAAACUCCUUUCUGCCCGAUCGGAGGGACGAAAUCAAGCGACUCCUGCUUAAUCUAAACAAAAGAGCCUCAUCAUCUGGGGACGAAUUCACUAAGGUGGAACUAAAACCGAUCUUCUGGGAGAUGACAUUCAACAUCAUUAUGAGGAUGUUGACUGGGAAGAGGUAUUAUGGGGAAGAUGUGACCGAUGCCGAGGAGGCGAAGGUGUUUAGCGAGAUCAUGUCUGAAAUUUUGGAAUAUACUGAAUUAUGA